CCUGACCUGCGCCCAAUCAGGACAGGACCCAAUGCCUUCUUAUCCAUAACCAUUACUCCAGAAGUCCUCUCUCGUUCAGCACGGUACAGCCCAGAGGGUCUUUAAAACACUUCUACACCGGUAACCAAAGGGAUCCUAUCAACAGACUCUGCUUAACCUGCUUUUUGCCUGCUAAAUUUCCACCUGAAGUGAUCCCCAGUGUCGCUUUAAUUGAUGACCAAAGUGUCUGUGUGCGACAUGUCUGUGGUCCGACUCCUGUGCUGUUUCUUGUGUAUGUAUCAUGUUAGCAAUGGAAGGAAAAUCAAAGAAAAUAGAGCAGUGGACAGAGAGCAGAGGGUAGUCCUCAAGGUGAACGAGCCGUACAUCAGCAGCUCAGUCUUCAGGGUGUUUUCAGAAGGUGAGGACCACUGCACACUGGAUCCUCUGCAGCUGCACACGCUCACCUCCUGUGGCUUCAACAGCAGUAAUCCCAUCAUCAUCAUCACUCACGGGUGGUCGUUUGAUGGUGUGAUGGAGAGCUGGGUGCUCAGGUUAGCUCGAACCCUGAAGACAAAUCUAAUGGACAUCAAUGUGGUGAUUACGGACUGGUUGUCCCUGGCUCACACGCACUACCCCACAGCUGCACAGAGCACGCGCACUGUUGGAAAAGACAUAGCUCACCUGCUGCAGUCACUUCAGAUACACUACCAGUACCCAGUUAGAAAGGUGCAUUUGAUCGGCUACAGCCUUGGGGCUCACAUCUCUGGAUUUGCAGGAAGCUAUCUGGAAGGUUCAGAGAAGAUUGGAAGAAUUACAGGUCUCGAUCCAGCGGGGCCACUGUUUGAAGGAAUGUCUCCCACGGACAGACUCUCCCCUGACGAUGCUGAAUUUGUGGACGCGAUCCACACCUUCACCCAGAAACAUUUGGGACUCAGUGUGGGCAUCAAGCAAGCUGUGGCACAUUAUGACUUUUACCCCAACGGAGGAGAAUUCCAACCUGGGUGUGAUCUGCACAGCAUUUACAACCACAUAUCCGAAUACGGGCUCCUCGGUUUUGAGCAGACAGUGAAAUGUGCUCACGAGCGCUCCGUCCAUCUGUUGAUUGACUCUGUGCUGAAUAAAGACAAGCAGAGCAUUGCUUACAGUUGCAGGGACAAACGUGCUUUCGACAAAGGGGUCUGUAUGGAGUGUCGGAAGAACCGCUGCAACACACUGGGCUACAACAUCAAGAAGGUCCGCCGGGGUACCAAUAAGCGGCUCUACCUGAACACACGCUCUCAGAUGCCUUACAAACUUUACCAUUACCAGUUCAGGAUCCAGUUUGUCAACCAGAUAGCGGCGAUCGAGCCCUCUCUAACCAUCUCGCUCACUGGAACAAAGGAGGAGAGUGGAGACGUCCCCAUCGUUGUUACUGAAAAUAUUUCUGGGAAUAAGACCCACACCUUCCUGAUCACCCUGGAGAGGGACUUGGGGGAUCUGAUGUUGCUGAAAUUGAAGUGGGAGGGAGCGGCUCUGUGGAGGAACAUGUGGAACCAGGUGCAGAACAUCAUCCCCUGGGGCGGCCGGGGGAGAAAGCCACUGCUGACUGUGGGCAAGAUCAACGUCAAAGCAGGCGAGACCCAGGAGAGGACGUCUUUUUGUCCCAAUGAUGGACAGCAUGUUGAAGUGUCACAAGAUAAAUUGUUUGUGCGCUGCAAAGAUCACAAACAGGGAAAGAGCCGAAGAACGCACAACUAGGCUCACUGACUCGUGUGGGAUUCCAGAUGUGUUUAACAGCGGUGUCCUAUGGAUGGAAGGGCAGUUUGUUGCAUGGAAGUCUGUAAACCCCUACUCGUGAUGCUAAUAAAUUAAGCAAUGCAUGUACCUUAAGGAACCAGCCCAUGUUUGCCAGGGCCAAUUCAAAUAUUAACCACACACUGAACAGUUUCGCAUUAAAUUACCUUUUGAUGGCUUCAAUUCCCAAAAAUGGAAAUGUAUUUUACCGUGUGUGUGUUUGUCUAAAACUACUUGCCAGUUAGUCUCGAUCAAUUUAAAUGUACUACACUGUCUUUUCUAUUCUUUUUUGUGUGUUUUUUCUAUCCUUGGGGAUACUGAGGAGCAGGUUAAAACGUCACUGAAGUAAAAAC